GUUCUAUUUCGCAAAUCAGUCUUCGAUCGGCUUUUGGAAAGAGAGGUAGUCUUCAUGUCAGAGGAGAAUUCAUUGAUUGAAAUUCCCCGCAGCGAUUGGACUAAGCUGCGGGAUUUGUAUGUCCACAAAGAUACCGAUCCCCAAGGCUAUUUGUGCAUAAAUAAUUUCAUCAAGUGGGUGGAAAAAAAUCAGGAUCUGAAAGUAACAUUCUUAUCAUUAAAUGGGGACUGGCAAAACGAUGGAACUUUUGUUUUAACUGUAGAUAUCGGAACACCUCUUAAGCACCUAUACUUUAACACUCUUGGCGAUAACUUGGAUCGUGCCAUAAAAGCCCUAGAAUGCCUUGAUUCCUUUGAGAAAAAAUAUACCUUUUAUGGAUUUUGUUCUCGACUAAAGCCGGCAGUAGAGCAUAUUGGCAGGAAAUAUUACACCAACAAAGAUCCAUUUAUUGUUGAAACCAUUUGGUAUAGUGCAAGCAAGGAAGUUAUAGAUACUUUUGCUAUUGAGGCCCCUUCUGGCAUUACUCUCUUGAACUUGGCUCUGGAAGAUGCAGAAACCAUUAAUGAAAUCUGGCCCCAUCGAGCACCCGGCUCAGUAAACUUUGUUAGAAGUUUAAUAAAGUAUAACGUAAAUCUAGGGGCUUAUGAUGACAACGGAAAAUUGGUUGCCUGGUGUUUGAGAUUGCCGAUUGGGUCUUUGGGUCUGUUGCAGGUUUUGGAAUCACAUAAACGUCUGGGUCUGGGCAGCUUGCUGGUGAAAUCUAUGGCGAAGAAGAUAUCCGCACUAGGAGAUCAAGUUGUGGCCCCAGUGGUCACACAAAACACGGCCUCGAGGAGCAUGUUUGAGAAAAUUGGUUUCCAAGCCAUAGACACAACCUAUUGGGCUGAUUGACAAUAUUAAACCAAAUUGCGUAGACAUGUACGUCUAAAGAAAAAAGUUCACUUAUUAAAUUACAAAUAAAUUUAUUAAACAUUCUAAAAGUAGUAAAAAAAGUGUCCCAGUGUUUCGAUUAAGUACAUUUAAAAAGUGUAUUUCUUUAGUUCGGGUAUAAUCAUUGCUCGUCACAAAAAUUGUUGAAGGUUCGAUCGUCACUAUUUUUUUUACCUUGUCAAAAAGUGCUUAUAGUUGAGGUUAUAACUUUAGUACGAGAGAAAACGCUAUAGUCGACGCCCUCGACUAUCAGAUAC